UAUAUUACAUUUUUGUUUCAAAGUUUAAUCGUAAAAGCAAUUCAAAAAUUAUUGUUGAACCACAUAAAAAAUUGUAGAUCUCUGUCCAAUUAUUCAUUUAUAAAGUACAAAGUUUUCCAUUUUCGGAGUUAUCGAUUUUUUAAAUUUUCAAUGACUCUUCUUCCUUCGCCAACGUUCGCAACUCUAAAAGCUCUCGCAAUAUCUUAUGGUUAUGCUUCAUUUCUUCUUCUAACUGUUGAAAUAACACAAAGAACUUUUAAUAUACCUAUUCAUGUUUCCCGAAAAAUUAUUCACGUGUUAAGCGGAACCUUCAUGUUUUUACUUUUAUAUUUAUUUGAACAACGGGAAUAUGUGGUAUUUUUAACUGGUUCUUUUGUAGUCAUCAAUUAUAUUUUCCUUAGGAUAAGAAUGUUUAAGUCAAUGGAUCCGAUGAAAGGUGCCACCCUAGGUACGGUAUAUUUUCCAUUUUCAUGUGCUUUCUUAUUUGGAUGGUUUAAUGAUGGACGCGAAUAUCUUGCGAUCGCUGGAAUAAUGGCGAUGACAUUUGGUGACGCAUUUGCCAGUAUCAUCGGCAGAAAAUAUGGAGUACUUAGAUAUCAAGUUAUGGGAGAUGUGGGUCAAAAAACUAUUGAGGGCUCACUAGCAAAUUUUGUUGCUACUAUCAUUUCUGUUCUUUUCUUUUGGUAUAUUAUGUCUCCCCCUACUUUAACAACUAGUAAUUAUUUUACCGGAGCUUUAAUUUCUGCAAGCGUUAGCACUUUUUUCGAAGCUAUCAGUCCAAUGGGAAGUGAUAAUUUAACAGUUCCAAUCGGUGUGGCUUUUAUUUUAUCUCUUUUGGGAUAUUAAGUUUUUAUUUAGUUCAGAUCAAUAUAAUAUACUGGAUUUCAUAGGUUAUAAAGAAUAAAUACUUAAAAGAAUUUAUGCAACUGACAAAUAAAAAAUAAAUAAACUUCAUUGUCAUUGUUGACUUUUGAGGUAACAUCGACAGCGUAGUUUGUUCUUUGUGUUGAUCGAUAAUGUUUUUCCCUUUUUUUUUUUUUU